AUGUUGCAAAAAACAAAGGCCAUCAUCAUCGGAGCUGGACCUGCUGGUCUGGCAACCGCUCUUCGCCUACAUCAAAAGACAAACAUCCUCUGUACCGUCUACGAGAUUCGACCAGAGCCGACGACUCUAGGUGGCGCCAUUGGAAUCCCACCCAACGGCCUCCGCCUACUGGACCGUUUGGGUGUAUCCGAUGAACUCCACAAAUAUGGCAGCAGCCACUCCAACCUCUCAAUGCACUCCAUCAGUGGCAGUUUACUUGGGCAGCAAGAUUUAAUCGGACCUGCUCGAGAACUUACUGGAUUUGGCUAUCUGCGCAUCAAGCGGACGGAUCUGCAGAAGGUCAUGACUGACGCUGUCGACAAGGCCAAGAUUCCCAUCCAUUACGACAAACGAAUCACCUCCAUCAAGGAUACAUCAUAUGGCGUUGAAGUUACUUUCUCAGACGGAACUGUUGAUACUGGGGACCUACUACUUGGGUGUGAUGGUAUUCAUUCCGCUGUACGAAAACUCCACGUGGAUCCGGAACAAGCACCCGAGUACACUGGGAUGGCGGCUCUAGGAGCCCUUGUGCCAGCGUCUAACCUCUCCGAGGGGGCAAGAUCAAUUAGAGGGAUGAACAUUACUUUCACUGAAGAGGGUAUGCUGCUUGCCAUGACGUGCACAGCCUCGGAUGACGAGUUUUUCUGGGCUUUUUCCAAGGAGGUUCCCCUGCCUGACUCGGGCGAUGCGAGAGACGGAUGGGAAGUCCGACGAAAAGAAGAGGUGGAUGGCUUCAAAUCAUCCCUUCUCGACACCUUGAAGAACGCAGGCGGAGAAUGGGGAGAUGUCAUGAGGCAGCUUGUCGACAACACAUCCGUCGUCAAGUUCUAUCCCACCUACAAGCUACCUCUUGACAGGCCAUGGAACAAGGGGCGCUGUCUACUCCUUGGAGAUGCCGCACACGCCAUGCCUCCUCAUGCUGGCCAGGGUGUGUCUAUGGCACUUGAAGAUGUCUUUCUUCUUGGUCGACUGCUCGAAAACCAGCCUCAGUCGCUACCAGACACUCUCUGGAAAUUCAGUGAGAUUCGGAGACCCAGAGUGAAUGAGAUGGCCAGCAGAUCUGUUCAGAAUGGAACGAUCAGAAGAAAGACGGGGCCGUGGGGUUUGUGGAUGAAGGAGAUGAGCUUGUGGAUGUACAUGCGUGGCUUCUGGGCGUUUGGCAUGAACCGAUGGGGUUCAGCUACGGAACAGAUGGUGUAUGACAUCGAUGAGGUGCCUAUCUAG